GGGUCUCGCGAGUGUUGGCGGCUGGGGCGGGAGCUGCCGGCGGCACUCUCCCUGAGGCCGCGCCGCUCGCCAUGAGCUUCCUCUUUGGGAGUCGAUCUUCGAAAACAUUCAAACCCAAGAAGAAUAUUCCUGAAGGCUCCCAUCAGUAUGAGCUCCUGAAACAUGCAGAAGCCACUCUUGGGAGUGGCAAUCUCAGGCAAGCGGUUAUGCUGCCGGAGGGAGAGGACCUUAAUGAGUGGAUUGCAGUUAACACGGUGGAUUUCUUCAACCAAAUCAAUAUGCUGUAUGGGACCAUCACAGAGUUUUGCACAGAGGCAAGCUGUCCAGUCAUGUCUGCUGGACCAAGAUACGAGUACCACUGGGCAGACGGUACCAACAUAAAGAAGCCAAUUAAGUGCUCAGCUCCAAAGUACAUUGAUUACUUAAUGACGUGGGUUCAGGAUCAGCUGGAUGACGAAACCCUCUUCCCUUCAAAGAUCGGUGUCCCUUUUCCCAAGAACUUCAUGUCUGUGGCCAAGACCAUCCUGAAGCGACUCUUCCGUGUGUAUGCCCACAUUUACCACCAGCACUUCGAUUCCGUCAUGCGGCUGCAGGAGGAGGCACACCUCAACACCUCCUUCAAGCACUUUAUCUUCUUUGUGCAGGAAUUCAACUUGAUCGACAGGCGGGAGUUGGCUCCGCUGCAGGAACUCAUUGAGAAGCUGGGUUCCAAAGACAGAUAAACUUUCCCUGGGAGGACCCACUCAACUUCCAGUCGUGGCCACUCCUUUCUGCUUUGUCCACAGCCAUUCUCCCCUUCACCCUCAGCGACACGAGCCCCGACGAGCCGGAUCAUGUGCCGGCUGGCGCUGCCUCACUCAGUCUCGCAGGCCUUUGGCAAAACAGCAUUUGUACUGUGCUGCAACAGCCUUUGUCACCUUGUGAGUGGUGGCUGAGCUGUGGUGCCUGGCACUGUUUUGUCCACUUUUUUUUUUUUUUUUUUUUUAAUUUU